ACAGCAGCCAUGGAGGACGCGGCGAGCCCGCUACAGGCGCCGGACGCCAGGCGGCCUGGCAGCUCUAAGGACGGCUGUGGGUGGCAGGUCACCGACCAGAGCAGGCUGCGCCGCUUCUUGUGCUUCGGCUCUGAAGGCGGAACUUACCAUGUCAAAGAGCAGAAACUGGGCCUUGAGAACGCCGAGGCUCUGCUGAGGCUGAUUGAAGACGGCAGGGGCUGCGAGGUGAUCGAGGACAUAAAGCUCUUCAGUGAGGGGGGCAGGACCGCCAGGCCAGAGCCCCUGCUCUUCGCGCUUGCCGUGUGCUCCCAGUGCUCCGACACGGGCACCAAGCAGGCCGCCUUCAAAGCCGUGUCCGAAGUCUGCCGCAUCCCCACCCAUCUCUUUACUUUCAUUCAGUUUAAGAAAGAUCUGAGGGAGAGCAUGAAGUGCGGCAUGUGGGGGCGCGCUCUGCGGAAGGCCGUCGCGGACUGGUACAACGAGAAAAGCGGCCUGGCCCUUGCUCUGGCAGUUACGAAAUACAAACAGAGAAACGGCUGGGCUCACAAAGAUCUGUUACGACUGUCACAUCUCAAACCUUCCAGUGAAGGACUUGCCAUUGUGACCAAAUAUAUUACAAAGGGCUGGAAAGAAGUCCGUGAAUCAUACAAAGAAAAAGCGCUCUCUGUGGAAUCAGAGAAGUUGUUGAAGUACCUGGAAGCGGUGGAGAAGGUGAAGCGUACCAGAGACGAGCUGGAAGUCACCCACCUGAUAGAGGAGCACAGACUGGUUAGGGAGCACCUGCUGACGGAUCACCUCAAGUCCAAAGAGGUGUGGAAGGCUUUGUUACAAGAAAUGCCUCUGACCACAUUGCUGAGAAACCUGGGAAAGAUGACUGCAAACUCGGUGCUUGGCCCAGGGAACUCGGAAGUAUCUUCAGUGUGUGAAAAACUGUGUGAUGAACAGCUGCUAAAGAAGGCUUGUAUCCAUCCACUUCAUGUUUUAAUUGCUCUAGAAACUUACAAAACAGGUCAUGCUGUCAGAGGAAAGCUCAAGUGGCACCCUGAUGAAGAAAUCUUGAAAGCUUUGGACACUGCUUUUUAUAAAACAUUCAAGACAGUGGAGCCGACUGGGAAGCGUUUCCUGCUUGCUGUGGAUGUGAGUGCUUCUAUGAACCAAAGAGUGCUGGGAGGUGUACUCAACGCAAGUACAGCUGCUGCAGCAAUGUGCAUGGUCGCCGCCCGCACAGAGCAAGAUUCUUGUGUGGUUGCGUUUUCACACGGAAUGCAGCCCUGUGCGGUGACCGCGGACAUGACCCUGCCUCAGGUUGUGUCGGCUCUGAAUCAGAUCCCGGCGGGAGCGACGGACUGUGCCCUCCCGAUGCUCUGGGCUCAGGGGACGGGCACGGCCGCUGACGUCUUUGUCGUCUUCACGGGCAGCGAGGCCUGCGCUGGCAGCGUCCGUCCUGCUGCGGCUCUGAGGGACUAUCGCCAGAAAAUGGAUAUUCCAGCUAAAUUGAUAGUUUGUGGAAUGACAUCCAAUGGUUUCGCCAUUGCAGACCCAGAUGACAGGGGCAUGUUGGAUAUGUGUGGCUUUGAUGCUGGAGCUCUGGAUGUAAUGCGAAAUUUCACCUUGGGUGUGAUUUAGUCACAAGCACCAGCAUGGUCUGAGAGCCCCACUCCGAGCAGUGAGCUCACCAAAAAUACGCGGUGACUUCUGCCAAGUCUCAGUUCCAUUACAAAUGGUAGUGUGGUAUGUGCAUACAGACGCUUACCUCACCAACAGCAGGCAAAGCAAGAUUAGCCCAACCUUCAUCUACUAAACUCGGUCCUGGGAAAUAGUCCAGGACACUAUAGCUCCUCCAACCGAGAACUCCCUGUCCAUAGACUGUGCGAAAGUCAAACUCUUCUACUUUGGUGAGUUCGUUUGUAUUUUUAA